AGAUAUACCAGUCUAUUAUUACCAAAAAACAGAAAUGAUUUCAACAACAUCAACCCUGGUAUUUUUGCUCUUGGUAUCAACUCAUUUGUAUUCAGUGUCAGCCCAGUGUGAUAUCAAUCACGUGAGGGCUUUCAUGAAUGCAGUAUUUUGUGUGGACUGUAAGGACAGCACCGGUAAGCGAGAGGUAUUGGCUUACAAGGAGUGUGUGACUAAAGAGUUGCCAAAAUGCACCCAAGAGUUAGUGGACGUGGCUAAAAAUAACCCUGAUAAUUGUCAAGCUAAAGUGAUGGAAAAGAUGGUGCAAUUAAAUCAGACCUUCACUGAUGAGGAUAGGAUGCAUAAGUUGGGUUAUAUUAAUAUUGUCGCGCAUACAAGCGAGCACUUGGAGAGCACCGGUAGGAUCAUUAUGACGGAAAAGGUUGACCUGAGUCCGCAUUUGUCGCACACACUCAUCCGGGUUACCCAAUUGGGACUCCCUUAUGGCAACAAUAGCUGCUACUUCAUCAGG